AUGGACUCCUUGGGCGAAGAGACAUGGGACGCAGUGAUCUGUGGCACAGGUCUGCAGCAGUCUCUGUUGGCUCUAGCCCUGUCGCGGUCCAACAAACGCGUCCUCCAUCUCGACCCCAAUGACUACUAUGGCGAGCACGAAGCUGCCUUCAGUCUGCAGGAGGCAGAGACCUGGGCUGCCGCUCACGCCGAGAAUGCGACGGCGGUGGCGCCAGCGGCUGGACAUGGUGGCCUCGAUAGUGGCAAUGCCGCCGAAGAACCCAAAGCCUCGAGUACAGGCUCUGAAGGCGAGGGUACAUCACAUGGGGAGAAGCCGUUAGGAAGCGAAAAGACAACAGCCGACAAGUCGAGCCUUUUCAUAAAUGCCAGCGUAUGGAAACAUCCGGAUGCAGCGGCUCGUGGUCUGUCCUUCCCGAGAGCAUAUUCGUUGCCGUUGGCACCCCAGAUCAUACACACACGGUCAAAGCUGCUGGCACAGCUCGUCUCGUCUCGGGCCUACCGACAGGUCGAGUUUCUGGCAGUCGGAUCAUUCUUCGUCUAUGAUGCGUCGGCCAGCGACUCCCAAGCCAAGCUUUCUCGCAUACCGAGUAGCCGCGAGGAUGUGUUUGCGACGCGGUCAAUACCGGCAAGAUCCAAGCGAUCGCUCAUUAAAUUUCUCAAGUUCGUACUCGACUACGACUCUGAAGAGCAGAGACCUGUGUGGCAUGAGCUUGCAGAAGAGCGGCUCGCCGAGUUCCUGGACACCGAGUUCAAGCUUGACGCGAACUUACGGAAGUACGUUCUCGCUCUUACGCUGACAUUGGAUGGGCAUGUGACGGUCAAGGAUGGUUUGGCCACCAUCAAUCGACAUCUUACUUCAAUGGGUCUAUUUGGGCCUGGCUUCUGCGCUGUGUAUCCCAAAUGGGGUGGCACCUCGGAGGUCGCACAGGUGGCUUGCCGCGCUGGGGCAGUAGGAGGCGGUAUCUACAUGCUUGACACACGAAUGAAUGUCAACGACACAAUCGCGGACGUCAAUGAGAUUUCACUCAACCUCUCCAAUGGGAUAUCGGUGCGAGCGACAAAUUUGGUCACAUCACAGCAAGAAGCUGCCGCUGAUUCAACAACCAUCACUCGCCUCGUCGCUGUAGUCGACUCGCCCUUGCCAUCAUUAUUCGAAAUAAUAGUGGAGGGCGCACCAACACCAGCAGUGGCCGUCAUUGCAUUUCCAUCCGGUUCGCUUCCAGGAAUCGUGGAGUUCAACCUAGAUGUACCAAUCUACGCAUUCGUACACUCGAGCGAGACGGGUGAAUGUCCCGCAGGCCAGAGCGCCAUUUACCUUACGACACUAUCCACACCGCAGGCAACCCAGAGACUUGCAGCGGCCCUAGACGCACUGUUGAAAGCUGUAGCUGCUGGCUCGGCAGAACCUGCGACUUGUCUGUACAAGCUCCAAUACGAGCAAUCACUCAGCACCCGCGAGUCUCUGCGUACAACCCGUGGCAAGUCGUCUACCUUCAAAUUCCCGUCACCGUCUCUCAGUCUAGCUCUGGAUGAUACGGGCCUGGAUGCCGUAAAAGACGCCUGGUCGCUGAUCAUGGGAGAUGACGCCGACUCGGAUGACACCGAGUACAUGGUCUUUCAGGAUCGCGAGGGCGUGGGCGAUGAUAAUGAUGAUGUCUACGAUUAG